AAGACUUAACCAACUGUGGAAGAAACGCUGGAAAGAAAGUGCCGAUAUUUGGUGGCGACUUCAGUCUUCGCUGUGAAACCUCUCAGCUCAGUUCUUGUUUCUUCGUUCGAUGGAAUUCAGGCCCCGCAACUACACCGAUGCGUGAAUCUCACGCUCUACCUCGCCUACGCGCCGAUGCUCACCCUCUUUCAGCUGCACCCUCUCCGCCACUCCCUCAGGGUGAUGUUGUGGAAAGUGGUAACAGUGAUUUCUUUGAUCCACUGAGAGGAACUGAUAACGAGGCAAAGGUCGAAUCUCCUGAUCCUGACAACCUCAGCAAUGCGGUGGAUCAUCAUCCAACCAAGGAGUGGACCUCUUUCAGGAGAUUACUAAUGCAGAGGUUUCCUGUCACCAAAAUGGUUUCAAUGUCUUCAAUGCCUGAUCUUCGAAUGAGAAAUGCAAAAUGCAUGCCCAUAUCUAUUACAUUGUUUAUCCUUCUUUUAUUUACUUAUUUAUUUUAAAAAAAAUUGUAUUUGUCUCUAUUUAUUUAUGUGAUG